AUGGCAGCAGCAACAACAACGACAUCCGCAGCAGCAGCAGGCAACAUCCUGGACGUGCUAAUCAUCGGUGCUGGUUGGUCCGGUCUCUCUGCCGCACUCAAGCUCUCGCAAGCCGGUCGUAAAGUAGCUAUCCUUGAAGCACGCGAGCGUGUCGGCGGACGUGCCUUCACGCACACCUGGUCGGACAAGAGGGAUGUUGAUGAUAACUCUCGCACUGUUUCGACCGCUAGCGCUAAGGAUCAAUGGUGCGAUUUGGGUUGUUCCUGGAUGCACGGUUAUUUGGAGGGAAGCCCGUUGAAGCAGUUGACCGACAAGUACGAUAUUUCUGUCACGAUUCCUGGUCCUCGUGAUACUGUUGUUGUGGGUGAACAGGGACCAUUGCCGCAAGCGUUGUCGCAGAAGCUGACGGAGAAUCUGGGGAAAGCGCAAGAUGCAGCAAAGCACAUUGCUCAUGAAAAGGACGUUUCUCCACCGGACGCAAACACUUCGCUUGCCGACUUUUUGUUCGGGGAAAGCUCGCCUUUGUUUGCUGGUCUCGAGUCGGGGGGUGAGAAGAAGGCUGCCGGCGACUUGGCUAGGAUGCUCCACAUCCCACUUGGUAUCGAGUUGGAGAAGGCUAGCCUAAAGUGGUACGGUUUCGAGCAGGCGUUUGUCGGCACUGAUGCUGCUCCCAUAGGCGGUUUCGCCACUAUCAUCAACAAGCUUGUUGACGAAAUCACUUUGCUCGGCACAUCUAUCCAUACCAGUCAGGAAGUGCAGUGCGUACGAGACGAAUUGCAAUCGUCCAAGGUCAAGAUCAUCACCAAGCAAGGCCAGGAGUAUGUCGCUCGAACCGCACUCGUGACGAUCCCCGUCGCUGUUCUCAAGAAGACGGCCGGUGGUCUGUUCGAGCCAGCAUUGCCUGAGCGCAGACUCGAUAGGAUCAAGCGUGUCUCGGUGGGCAACUUGAACAAGGUGCUUCUCAACUACGACCAGCCUUGGUGGAGCGACAAGACUGGUACUUUGCUUGCCUUGCCUUGCUCUGCUCCUGCACCUGCGUCGAUCAAGAGCGACGCUGAGAAGAAGCUGUGGGAGCUUUACUCUUCGACAACACUGAUCGUUUCAUCUCUGGCAGGUGGAAGAUGCGAUGCUGCUGGUAAGGGAGCCUCCAACUCGUUGCUCGCCAUGGUGGGUGCUGAGGCGGGUAAAAAGCUUGAGGCAUUCGAGCGUCUGGAUGCAGGAAACGCGCUUCAUGCUUACUUGACGGCCCGCAUUGGAGCUGGUGAGGAUGUCAAAGCUCCUAAGCAUAUCUUCUACUCGAGAUGGGGGGAGCAGCCUUUCACUGGAGGCGCUACUACUUCGCCAGUAUCGACUGCAAGCGGCAACUCGCCGUUGGACUUUGAGGCUCUAUCGAGACCUCUCUGGAAUGGCCGACUCGGAUUUGCUGGUGAACACACCGAGAUCAACCACCGAGGAUCGGCUGCUGGUGCCUAUGUGUCGGGUGAGAGAGAGGCCAAGCGACUUGUCGCAUACCUGGACAAGUUUUAUCCUUGUACGGCCAACAAGCUUUGA